CCAAACAUCACGACCUUAAAAAUCAGAGAUUCCAGUUUUCAUACUCUUCUCUCUCUCUCUCUCUCUUAAUACGAUUCUGAUUCUAUUUUUAUCACCAACCAUUCUCCAAUUUUCUCUGCCAUGGGACACGGAACAAUGGCGACACCACCGACCACCACCACCAUCCCCGCCAAGACGACGCUCAUCUUCACGUACGGAACCCUGAAGAGAGGAUUCUCGAACCACGUCCUGAUGCAAGAUCUGAUCCGAUCAGGCGACUCAUCUUUCAAAGGAGUCUACCAAACCCUAGACAAGUAUCCCCUCGUCUGCGGACCGUACCGAGUCCCUUUCCUCCUCAACAAGCCUGGAUCAGGCCAUCGCGUGACGGGAGAGCUUUACGCCGUUUCUCCUCGCGGUCUCUCGCGUCUCGACGAGUUGGAAGGGAUCACUCGAGGCCAUUACGUGAGGCAGCCAAUCCGCCUCGCUGCUGAGAAACAAGGAGGAGGAGAUCUAGAGUCGUGCGUGGUUGAGGCGUAUUAUGCGCACAAGAGCUACGAUGAGAAGCUGUGGGAAAGGAGUAGUGGGAGGUCGUUCGGCGCGUACACGGAGAACGAAGCGCGUGGAUACGUGAAGCGUAAGGAUCGACCGCAGCAUCUUACCUUCUUGGACCAUAUCCGUAUUUUUGUUUCUUCUCCAUGUGAUUGAUUUUUAUUUUCCUUUGUCACCGCCUUUUUUAAACCUUUUCUCGGGAAAUGAAAUAAGAAAGUACAAACGCAAACCACCAGUUUCAUUCACCAGUGGGACCGCACCGGUUAGUUGUCUCCGUACGACGGUUGUUGUUAGUUGUUACCGAUGGGCAAUUUGAUUAGAGGUUCUGUGAUUGUUACUUGGAUGUUAACUUUUAAGUGUUAACAUAAUAUAAUCAAUCUCUCCGUCUUUGGUCG